GUUUUUGAUUUUUUUUUAUACAAUUAUAAAUUAAUCAAAUUAGCUAAUGUCUAGUAAUUACGUCUCCGGUAAAGAGUUCAAAGAACUCGGUCGUUUUAUUGACAGGUGUUACGGGCGAACUCGCACCUGUAGCAGUGUAUCGAAUAAAGAGACUACUGAUGAUUCUGCAAAUAGUGUGAAGGUGACUUGUUUCUUUGUGAGCACAAACUCGGCGCAAAACGUUUACCCGGACAAUGGCUGGAGACCCAUGUCAAUUGAAAAAGUCCUGGAGCUGCAAAAGGAUUUCAUUAAAACACCCAACGUUCACUUUGAGUUUGAGAAUUCACCCAAACCACCGACGUCGGUAAUGGAUGACUUUGAAAAUAAAAAAUUCGUGAAAAUCAUUCAAACAAAUGAGAUAACUAAAAAGCCAACUGAAAAUAAUGAAGUCGUUUUGUCUGAACAGGACAGAAAUGAGUAUCAAGAGUUAAUAAAAAUAAUUCAUCCCCCUCGCAAAGAAAUAAUAACGCUGGAUGAUACAAACACAUUAUUUAAUCACGAGAAACAAAACCAGCGACUACGUAAAGCAAAAAAGAUUAAUAAUUCAAAUAUUGUUCUACUCCUAAAUAGUCCAAGAAUAACAGAUCAAAGAAAGAGUGAUGAAAAAAGAGCAAAAGAAAAUGAACUAAAUGAAGAAAUAGAUUCAACUAAAAAUUACGAAGUAAAAGAAAAACUUGAGGAAGAUACGCAGGCAGCUCCUGCUCACAAUCUAUUCUAUCCCAAAGAAUUUAAACAUCAAAUACCAAAAUCAGCAAAAGCUGAUACAAAGAAUAACUUAACAGCAAGUCUAUUAGAAAUUCUUGCAAAUUAUAAUAUAAGAACUAGUGAUAAUUUACGAAAUUACGAUAUAUCUUUAAGGCAGAACAGUCGAAAUUCAUACAACCCUGAUUUUGCUUUUGCGUCUGUACCUUUAAAAGUUCCAAUAAGAUAUAACAAUCCAAAUCACUUGCUGGUAGAUCCCUUGCUAGCAGUUUUCUUAUCAAACUACGGCCAUUAUCUUCCCAGUUUGUUUGGCAUUCAUGGCGGUUAUAACAAUUUGUAUGGAUACCUCGCUUCGAACAACAUUCAUAAUAACAAACCUUUUGGUGCUUACAAAAUUUUCUCGGAUACUGAUUCUUUUCAUUAGUAAUUUUAUAUUUUGUUUUAUAUUACAGUUGAUAUAAUGAAUUAUCAAGACCCUUGAGUAUAAGAUCCUUGAGAAUAUAACUAACCUGGAUUGGCAAUCUGUCAAUUUGUAAAUACAUAGUACAUAGAUCUUGUUAUACCAAAAUGAACCAACCAAAAAGCACAAAGUGGCUUUUGAAAAAAUAAUUUAUUAAAUUGGUUUACAAAUUAUACCUUAUUAUUAAACGAUUCGAAAUAAUUAAUACAAGAUAUAUGGGUAUACUUAUGUGAAUAAUUUUUUGAUAUUGAUUUCAUGUCCAUUUUUCGUGAUCAAAUAAAUACAAGUAAUGCAUUUAUUUUGUUUGGUGUAUUCAAAUAGAAGUAAGUCUUUUUGUAAGAGGAAGAAUAUUAUUGUCGUGUAUCACUCACGUUAUUACGUAUUAGUACACUCAUAAAUUCGUUGCAAAGUAAAAAUAAUAUACAUUUUAUGGCGUAUAUUCUGUUGGUACGCAUCGAAAUUGUCUAGCAUAAUGUGCUUUAUCUUCUACUCUGUAUAGGAGCGGCUAUAUUUAGGCCAUAAGUACGACAGUUUCAUUGCCCCUCCAUGAAAAGUAGCUUUU